AUGGCGUCGUCGUCUGGGUCCCAAAAUAAACCACCCCCUCCGCCAGUUCCGCCCCGCCCAGUGAUGGUGCCACGCCCCACAAUGCUGCAGUAUGAGCCCCACGAAAGUCUGAAAAUCUCCAGAUGCAGAUUUAUGGUUCUGGUUUAUCUGCUCUUCGUGGUAUUUCUUCUGCUCGCCCUGAUCCAAUGGGAACUUGUGUCCUACUAUAAACCAUUAGCUCAUUUCUUUUUGGCCAACUACUGGCUGAGUGCAGUCUGCAUGCUGAUCUCAGUUCCGCUUUUAGCGGUUUUUCUGAUGGUUCGCAAAGCUCGUUAUAUACCGAUUUUUUCCUGGUUGCUGCUUUGCGUCAUUGUAGCCUACUGUAGUGAACUGAACUUUUUGCUCUAUUUCACUGUAACUGCAAUUCUGAUGGUGACCUGUGUGCUAAUUGGUUCCUUCAUCCCCUGCGAUUUGACCGCCAAUGUGGCUGUCUUGUUCCUGUUUAUCAUGUACCAUGCCCAACUGAUCCGAGGGGGACGGUAUGCGGAACUAUACACCACCGAUGGACUCUUUGCCGUGAUCAUCCUCUUCUGUCACUUCUGCAUUAUUCUGAUGCUUUUCUGCUUCGGGGAUUGGUUAAAAACCAAAGAUGUCGAGGAUUAUGAUAUUGAUGAGGGGACUGACGAACCAACGAAGAGCUGUGCGGCCAGCUCAGCUGUCAUUGGAGAUUUUUUGGGUCAGACCACUCAGGACGUCAGGCGCCUGCUAAGCCCACUCGUCGACAUUAUAAUAACAUCCAUCAUUCUGGACCAUACACAAAUGACAACAACUGCCAAAGUAGCACACAAAUAA